CCGCCCUCCCCUCCCCUCCCCUCCCCUCCUCGCGCCGCAAGAAGCGCCGGCUCUCCCACACCCGCCGCCGCCCGCAGCCAUGGCGACCGAGCUGGCGUACGCGCCGCCGAUGAAGUCCGGCAAGGCCGGCUUCGAGGGCCCGCAGGAGGCACAGCACCGCAUCCGCAUCACCCUCUCCUCCAAGAGCGUCAAGAACCUCGAGAAGGUGUGCUCCGAUCUGGUGAGGGGCGCCAAGGACAAGCUGCUCCGGGUCAAGGGCCCCGUCAGGAUGCCCACCAAGGUGCUCAACAUCACCACCAGGAAGUCGCCGUGCGGAGAAGGUACCAACACCUGGGAUCGGUUUGAGAUGCGGGUGCACAAGCGGGUGAUCGACCUCGUCAGCUCCCCGGACGUUGUCAAGCAGAUCACCUCGAUCACCAUCGAGCCCGGUGUUGAGGUUGAGGUGACCAUCAGCGACCAGUAGAGAGCUGUGCCUUUUUUUUUUACAAGUGUGGGGAGACACCAGCGAACCAAGACAUAAUUUUGAACGUUUGGUAGUAUGUGAACUGGGUUUUGUAUGGCUCAUUAGGUUCUUUGCCCUGUGAUUCAGAGUACCUCUUAUGGUCUGAGAUAUCAUCUUGAAUUUUUGUCGCUCUUCGGUGUGUUGCGCUGGAUUGGAUAUUUAUACAUGGCUCACUAUUGAUGUGUCUGA